CGGACGCCAUGUCUUUUGAAUAAAAAAAUAAAUUCUUAAAUUAUUUAUGCUCUUGCUCUAUUAGAAAUUAAAUAGAAUGAAAUCAAAACAGUAUGAUUAAGCAUCUAGUACUAUGACAGUGAUAAGGAAACCUAGAUAUAAUUAGUGUAUCUCAGAAGAAAAUGGUCAGUUGUGAAACGGUUAUAGAAGGCGCGGACGCGGGAACGCCGCCAUCUUAACAGAUUUAUUUUUAAUCUAUGACAAUUAAAAAAAAAGCAAGAUAGUAAACAGUAACGAGUAAACAGGUAUACAAAAUGAAGUCAAAGGGAAAAUACGAAAACGAUGCUAAAGCCGAACUAACAGUGACACUCGAUGAGGCUAUGACGCUAACAGGUUUUGGGGUAUACAAUAUAUCGCACAUGCUGCUGAGCGGACUGAUCCUGAUGGGCGUGAUUCUGCAGAACCUAGCUCUGGGCUACGUGCUGCCGGCUGCCCAGUGCGACCUACACCUCUCGCUGCAGCAGCGCGGCUGGCUGGCUGCUAUACCAUUCUUAGCUGUGAUCCUGACGUCGUACUUCUGGGGCUGGCUGGCGGACACACGCGGCCGUCGACCUGUGAUGCUCUUCUCUAUGGUCGUAUCAGUCGUCAUGUCCACACUCGCCAGCUUUGCCCCGGAUAUCAUCUCGUUUGCUGUUCUCGAGUUUCUUUCCGCCAUCUUCAUGUCAGGCUCUACUGCGGUGGUAUACACAUACCUCGGUGAGUUCAACAACCUGCGACACAGAGACAAGAUGGUAGCCUUCGGGUCGUCCUUCGUGGGUAUCGGUACUGUCGUCUUGCCAGGUAUCUCAUGGCUUAUACUUCCUCACGACUUCGCUUUACCGAUUCCCUUCCUCGGCAUCGCGUACCGUUCCUGGCGGCUCCUGAUAGUGGCCUGCGCAGUGCCUUACUUCAUCAGCAGUAUACUCCUGAUCUUCGCACCGGAGAGUCCCAAGUUCCUUUACUCCUCUGGACAGUACGAUAAGUGUUUGAAAGUUCUGAAGAGUAUCUACGCUAUCAAUAAAUGGAUGCCCGCAGAUAAUUAUCCAGUAAAAGCCCUCGUAACGGAUACACAUUCAGGUAAAUGCGAGCCCGCGCCUGUGUCCGUGCUAAAGUCAAUGCGGGACCAGACCGCGCCGCUGUUCCGGCCGCCGCUGCUGCCGUGGACCACACUCGCCUGCUUCGUGCAGUUCGGAAUAUUCGCCACUACUAACGGCUUCUACGUGUGGUUCCCGACGAUUUUGAACUCGUUGGCAAACCACGGCGCUACCGACAUGAGGAUCUGCGACAUACUAGAUGCUAGUAAGGCCUCCGUGCUCAACGAAACAGUGGUAAUCUGUGACGAUACAAUGAACACUGCUACAUUCGAAAGGUCCAUUUAUAUUGGCCUAGUAUUCUGCUCCAUGUACCUGAUAGUAGGCUUCGUGGUGGACUUGGUGGGGAAGAAGAUGAUCCUCGUGUCCGUGCUGUCUGUCACCGGCGUGUGCGGCAUCGGAGCGAACCUUGCAGCCAAUCAGCAUUUCGCUGUGGUACUGUUCGCCAUCUUCCAGAUGUCUGGAGCGUGCAUUGGUCUCAUGAAUGCUGUCAAUGUGGAAUUAUUCCCUACUAAAUAUAGAGCUAUGGCAAUCUGCCUGUCGAUGAUGAUGGGCCGCGUCGGCUCUAUGGUGGGAUCUAACCUGAUCGGACUGUUCCUCGAGACAAACUGCGGCGCCAGCUUCUAUCUAUUUGGAGGGAUUAUUAUCGUUUGCGCGGUUCUCUGCCUGACACUACCAAACAAGAAGCGGGAAAUCUCUGCAAAGAAACAGACAGAAGAACCAGCUCAAAACGAAACCCACGAACCGGUAUGAACCGGUAACAACCGGAUAAAUGGAACCGGAAUAAAAAUAAUACUCAAGUUUAAGACGACUGUAAGAGGCUUUGAGAGGAUUGAAAAUGAUUUUGUAGUGCCAUAUAUAAAUGACGAAAAGUUUAUUUUGUGGUUUACUGUGUGAUAUUUUCAACCUCCUUAGACAAAUACAGGACAAGUUAGUUGAAUUAAGUAGUCCAAUUAAUUUAAAACAUUCUAAGUU